AUGCACGGCAUGACAAAAUCUGCCAUCAAGCCCUGGAACCUGCCGCUCAGCGCCUCUGACUUUGCCAAGCUCGAGGCGGGUUUCUGGCCCUCCGAGAUGGACGACCAGUGGAUCUUCACCCCCGCGGGUCCCGACGACGAGACACGCCGCCGCCACGUCCUGCCCAGUGGCGAGGCUGACCCCGUCGAGCGGCUCGUCGUGCACGUCCUCCGCUUCUGGACGCGGAUCGAGUAUUUCCAGCUGCACCUCGUCAGAUCCGGCGCUGACGGAGACAGUGCCAGGAUAGAGGCCAUUACCUGGGACCGCACGUUUGGGCGGGACCUGGACGUCAGCGAAAGAAUGGCCAAGAUGCACGUUGUGCUGGCCACGAGGGAGGUGCUGGGCUGUGAGCUGGAAGCCGUGCCACCCUUUGACUGGGAAGAGGCGUAUCGAUAA